ACACCACAAGCUGUUUUUAAAAGGCGAUGCAUUUAAUUUGUAAUAACAGCUUUUUAUAUCUAUUGAGUAUUACAGUUUAUAUUUAAGUACAAGUUUUUAAACUAUAAAUAUUGUUUCUUAGUUGACACAUAAGUUUUGUGCAACUGUAGUAUGACCCCUGUGACCUGAUUUGCGUCGUUUCGAAUCUCCUUUUUUAUUGGGUUUCCACAGGCUCCGCAGGCGCCGGUCGAGUCUGCUGUGCUGUUUAUCGGAAUAUUCGCUCUCUUGCGGUGCUCACACAACCCGACGCAAAUGGCUCUCUUCCGACUUGUUCCUGCCCGCACCUUAGUGCAAACUCAGAAAUGCCUUCCGGUGAUGUCAGCCUUCACGAGGAAUAUUUCCGCAGACACCACGGAUCUCAAGGGGCUCAUGGCCAACAAGAUCAAGGCAACGCAGGCCCAGGUGAAGGAGUUCAGGCAAAAGUGUGGCAGCCAGGUGGUCGGAGAGGUCACCAUUGACCAGAUCUAUGGUGGCAUGCGUGGCAUCAAGGGCCUGGUGACAGAGACGUCCCACCUGGACCCUGAGGAAGGCAUUGCCUUCCGGGGUUACUCCAUCCCGGAGAUCCGCAAGCUGCUGCCCAAGGCGCAGGGAGGGGAAGAGCCCCUGCCAGAGGGCCUCUUCUGGCUGCUCCUCACCGGGGACAUCCCCACCCCCGAACAGGUGAAAGCGGUGUCCAAGGCGUGGGCACAGCAGGCGGACCUGCCCUCGCACGUGGUGACGAUGCUGAACAACUUCCCGUCCAACGUGCACCCCAUGUCCCAGCUGAGCGCCGCCAUCACGGCCUGCAACACAGAGAGCAAGUUUGUCCAGGCGUACAACAAGGGCGCCCCCAAGGGAACCUACUGGGAGCACACGUUCGACGACACGAUGGCCCUGGUGGCCAAGCUCCCGCCCAUUGCGGCCACCAUCUACCGCAACCUGUUCCGCGAGGGCAGCAGCAUCGGGGCCAUUGACGUGGCCAAGGACUGGUCGGCCAACUUCACCGCCAUGCUCGGCUACGACAACCCGGCCUUCACCGAGCUCAUGCGGCUGUACCUUACCAUCCACAGUGACCACGAGGGUGGCAACGUGAGUGCCCACACGACCCACCUGGUGGGCAGUGCCCUUUCGGACCCGUACCUGUCCCUGGCUGCAGGAAUGAACGGCCUGGCUGGACCCCUUCACGGCCUAGCCAACCAGGAGGUGCUGGUGUGGCUUACAAAGCUGCAGAAGGAGCUCGGAGGAGAAGUGAACGACGAGCAGCUCAAGGACUUUGUCUGGAAGACCCUGAAGUCUGGACAGGUGGUGCCCGGCUACGGCCAUGCGGUGCUGCGCAAGACGGACCCCCGCUACACGUGCCAGCGAGAGUUUGCCCUCAAGCACCUGCCCAACGACCCCAUGUUCAAGCUGGUGAGCCAGAUCUACAGCGUGGUGCCCCCGAUCCUGCUCGAGCUCGGCAAGGUCAAGAACCCCUGGCCCAACGUGGACGCCCACUCAGGAGUCCUUCUGCAGUACUACGGCAUGAAGGAGAUGCAGUACUACACCGUGUUGUUCGGAGUUUCGCGGGCACUCGGCGUCCUUUCCUCCCUCGUCUGGGACCGCGCCCUGGGACUCCCCAUCGAGCGACCCAAGUCCAUGACCACCGAGGGGCUCAUGAAGCUCGUCGCCUACAAAUGAGCUUCCCCAAUCCUCGACAGACCGCGCUCUCCUCAAUACCCGGAAUCUUUUUUUUCUUCCUUUACCCUUCUCUUGGAUUCUGCGUUUCUUGUAACUACGGAAUGCCGCGUAAGGGCGGGUGCCGCAGCGCCAGUUAGCAGCACCGCGCGGCCGGCGUUGUCAGCCAUCGAAAGAGAUUAGGGGGCAUGUGGUGGUGGCUGUCGCCACACCGGUGAGGCUGCGGUACUAGGGUCUUUCAGUGGCCCUUUUCUUUUUUUUUUCUUACCGCACUCGGCUUUGUUGAUGUUUCAUUGUUGUUCUUGUUUCCCCAUUUUCUUUUACCCCUGUUGUCUCCAUUGUUGUUCUGGGACGUGUUAGAGGGAGAGGAAGUUUACGACGGCGGUGGCCUGCGUGCGGUUUUCCCUGUGCUCGAUUCACUGCCUCUAGUUGCUCCCCAUUUCGAGGAUGGCAUCUGCAUAGGGUACACUUGUUCUCAUGUCUGUUCACUGCAUUCUUUUUUUUUUCCCCUUAUUUCUUCAUUUUGUGCUUUGUUUCAUGUAUAGAUUCUCAACCCUUUUUAUAUCCAAUCUAGUUCUGUUCCUAUGGGCUUGGGCCGCGGUUCUUCCAGGUUUUCCUUUUUUCCCUGUCAUCUGUUUCCUUUCUUCGCUUUGUUUGUCAUGCUCAAAAAACCAGAUCUUAACUUGCCUCGCGCCGUCUGUAAUAUCACCUCAUCUCGGAAAGAAGGAUUUCGUUUUCAGUGUCGACCGAUUGACGGGCACUCAAGUCGGGGAAGGUCAAAAGUAGCUUGCAAAGUCGGUUGCGGCUCACCGCUCCCGUGGCCUGUCGUGCUAGGUGCACGAAGCGAAUGCUCGUAGGCGUUCAGAUUGUUACACGCUUUGCCGUACGCCGCGUCUCUUCGGAUAGCCUAAUUUAAUUGCGCGUGCCUAGUCUUGCGUUACACGCACGCCUUUUCAUGCGCCUGUUUGACGCAGAAAUUGCUUCGCAAAAUUAAGGGUUUUAGUUUUGGGCUCGCCGUCCUGCGUUUCCCGCAGCUCUUGAAAUUAUAGUUUGCUUCCAUUUUCCAGUGUAGCCUUUGCCGUCAUCACAUUAUAAGGUGUGUACAUAUACAACAGGCAUAAGCCCAUCUGAACAGCCUGGAGCUAGUAUAUAGUGUAGUGCCUUUGGUUGCUAAUUUAGCGUUGUAGCUCUUUUCUUUUCGUUCAACACAAUCCACCGGGACAAGCCGCUUGUCGAUGUUUAACUUAUUUGCUAUUUGUGCGGCGCCCAUUACAGAUCUUGAAGCACCUGUUUUCUGUGUCGUUGAGUUCUCAAAAACCAGUUAUCACCGUGAAGGCACAAGGUUGCAUUACCCUUCUGUCUUACCUGAAAAAAAAAUUUUUUUUUUUUUUUUUUUUUUUUUUUUUUAGGAGAGCAAUUUAUGGUGAAACGAGUGAGCAAUAUUGGCCGCAUUUGGCCUUUCGUACGAGUGUUUGUGGAAUCGGUGGGGCGUUUGACAACUCUGCGUCGACGACUCCCGGUUUGGGAGGUGGGUACCUAGGCGCCACUAAUGCACGAGGCAACGUUUAUUCCAUGCAGUGUGAUAACUGGAAAUAAACAAGUGCAGAGAGUCUUA